UUUUGAGUCUAAUCAUCUCAGAAGGGACAUGUUUAGAGGUUUAUUACUGACAUCAGAUAGCAAGAUUUAUGAAUAUAUUUACUUGUCUAUUGUGUGAGUACAGCUAGUUGGUGAUAUUUAACAUUUAUUGAGUUUUUAUUGUGUGCUGGACAUCAAUUUCAGAACUUUACAAGUGUUAUCUCAUUUACAUCUCACAAUAAUCUUAUAGACAUUACAAUUUUUCUGAUGUGGAAGAGGAGGUCAAGAGAAGUUAAUUUGCCCAAAGUUACUCAGCUAAUAAGUGUUAAAGCUUGCAUAUAGGUCUAGAAAGUACAUUCAUAGGAAUAGAUCAUCUCAAAAGGAAACAUACCCCAAGUCAAAAGGGAAGCAUCUGAUAUCUUUAGCCAUUUUCAUAUUCAAAUAUUGUCUUUUUCGUUUUUUUUUCUUUUUUCACUGGUUAUAGUAUUUAAUCUGCCUUUAACUUUUUCUGUUUUUGCUUUUACAUGGAAGUUGUAUGCUUUUAGCAAUGUUUUUAUUUUCAGUAAACUAUACAUAUUUAUAUAUUUGAGGGAUUCUCUACUUUUAAAUUUUUAAUCAUUUUUUAAAAAGUAAGAAAUACUUUUCAUAAGUAAUUUUAAAGUACAUAAAUCUCAAUAAAUUUUUGCAUAUGUAUACACCCCUAUAGAUACCACCUAGGGUAAGAUACAGAAAAUUUUUAGCACCCUACAAGGCUCCCUCCCUGUCAGUACCCCUACCAUCACUUAGACCCUCAGCCUGUGUAACCACUUUCCUGACUUCUGUUUCCAUUUGUGACUUUUACCUGUUUGAGGACUUCCUAUAAAUGCAAUUGAACACUGUGCACUCUUGCUUUGAACACUUUCACUCAGCCUUUUGUCUAUUAAACAUCCAGGUAGUUGUAUAUAUCAGUACUUUGUUCUUUUUUUAAUGCUGUGUAUUAUUCCAAGCUGUGCAUAUAACACAGUUUAUCUGUUUCUACUAUUCAUGGCUAUUUGGUGUUUUCAGCUUUUGACUACCACAAAUCAAGCUGCUGUGAACAUUGUUGUACAUGUCUUUUAGUAGACAUAAGCACUCAUUUCUGUUAGGUGUAUACCUGGGAGUGAAAUUGUUAUGUCAUAGAAUAUAUGUAUGUUUAGCUUUGGUAGGUGCUACCAAUAGCAGUAAAUUUUCCAAAUUUAUUUUGUUUACUGAUAACCCAUGAUUUACUAGAAUAUUCUCAUUUCUGUUAAUAGUAUUUUAAAAAACAUUUGGGAAGGGGAUCUAAUUAGGGAAAUAGAACUUAGAUUGUUAUACCAAUCUACAGGUAGUGCUAUGUAGAAGACUUUGUUGUUUUUUACUUAUUACUUUGUUAAUACCAGAUUUCUACCUUGUACAUAGACUAAUACUAGACCCGGUAAGAUAAAAUAAUGAAAUACAGCCCUGCUUAAAGAAACGUACGGUUUAGUCAGAAAGACAGGAGGAUGAAACAUAAGCAAUAUAAGGCAAUGUGUCGGUGGCAUAUGAUUCAUAUAGACAAUAUGUGCUCUGGGGUGGGGAAGAGUAGUCACUAGACUAGAAAGAUUGGAUUGGGAAAGGCUUCAUGGAAAAAGAAAACUUUCAGAUGAGCCUUGGAUGGUUUUGUUUGAUUGGUUUGUUUGGUUGGUUUUGUUUUGUUUUUGAGGGCCCAAAGCAUUAGAAUUGUACAAACUAUUUUCUUUCCUAUUCUGUUUUCCCUUGAGAACAUGAACUGACAAGGAAUAAGGUGAAGGAGUUUGAUUGGACUUUAAGGAUAACAUAACACCCUCAAAAGAAGUGUUAAAAUUGAAGGAGGGAUUUUACAAAUGGCAAGUAGCAUUAAAAAAAUGGGACUAAAGAAUUAGUAUAGAUGAUUUUUGACUGGGGAAACUUAAACACUAAUUACUUUCAGAAAGAACUUGAGGUGAUUUUCUUUAGUGAGGGUGACAGUGGUAAAGCCCUUCUAUGAAGUAUGUCAUGAAUUAAACUACUUUUGAGCACACUUCCUUCUCUUAAAAUCUUACGGUAAGCAUUUUUGAAGAAUCAUGUUUCAGGAACUUUUUUUUUCUUCGACAUUAGCAUCUUCAGAUAAUAAGAAACAGAUACCUAAUGAAGCUCCUGCUAGAAGUGAAAGAGACACAUCAGACCUAGAACAAAAUUGGUCAUUGCAAGAUCAUUAUAGAAUGUAUUCACCCAUAAUAUACCAAGCCCUCUGUGAGCAUGUGCAGACUCAGAUGUCACUGAUGAAUGAUUUGACUUCAAAGAACAUCCCUAAUGGAAUUCCUCCUGUACCAUGUCAUGCUGUGUCUCAUUCUGAAUCUCAGGCAACUCCUCAUUCUAGUUACGGCUUAUGUACCUCCACCCCAGUCUGGUCACCUCAGCGGCCACCCUGCCCUCCAAAGGUUCAUUCUGAAGUUGAAACUGUUGGUGACAGUCAGUUUGCAUCACAAGGUAAAACAGUUUCUGCAACCUGUACUGAUGUUCUACAGAAUUCAUUUAACACCAGCCCUGGAGUUCCACGUAGCCUGUCCAAAACUGACACAUCAGCUAUUCCAACCUUGCAGCAACUGCGACUUGUUAGUGGGAUUCUGCCACAACAAGGAGUUCAUAAGGAAACAGACCUACUCAAAUGUUUUCAAACAUAUAUGUCUCCUUUUCGAUCUCAUGGAAAAGAAACACAUCUGGACAGUCAGACACACCGAAGCCCUACUCGAUCACAGCCAGCUUUCUUGGCCACUAAUGAAGAAAACUGUGCCAGAGAGCAAAUUGGAGAGGCCAGAAGUGAAAGAAAGGAUUUAAACCUACGUGUGCGAGAUACAAAAACAGUCAAAGAUGUACAGAAGGCAAAAAAUGUGAAUGAGAUAGCUGAAAAAGUUAGAAUUAUAAAAUAUUUGCUGGGAGAGCUCAAGGCCCUGGUAGCAGAAAAAGAGGAUUCAGAAAUUCAGAGGUUGGUUAGAGAAAUGGAAGCAUGUAUAUCUAUACUUCCAGCAGUAAGCGGAAACACAGAUAUUCAAGUUGAGAUAGCACUGGCCAUGCAACCGUUAAGAAGCGAGAAUGCUCAGUUACGAAGGCAGUUGAGAAUUUUGAACCAGCAACUCAGCGAACAAGAGAAAACUCAUAAGCCAUCUGGUGCUGCAGAUUGCAAUCUUGAAUUGUUUUCUCUUCAGUCAUUGAAUAUGUCACUGCAAAAUCAAUUGGAGGAGUCACUAAAGAGCCAGGAAUUACUGCAGAGUAAGAAUGAAGAGCUCUUAAAAGUGAUUGAAAAUCAGAGAGAUGCAAACAAAAAAUUUACUAGCAUAUUUAAAGACAAAGAUCAAACCAUACUUGAAAAUAAACAGCAAUAUGACAUUGAGAUAACAAGAAUAAAAAUUGAAUUGGAGGAAGCCCUAGUCAAUGUGAAAAACUCCCAGUUUAAGUUAGAAACUGCUGAAAAGGAAAACCAGAUAUUGGGGAUAACAUUACGUCAGCGUGAUGCUGAGGUGACUCGACUAAGAGAAUUAACCAGAGAUUUUUCUUUUAAUUUCAGAGACAAUGGUGAAUCAUAUUCUGUUUAUACAUCAGAAGAUUAGUAAUUACUAUUAAUUUCCAGGAAUUAAGCUUUUCUAAAUGUCAGUGUUCCUUCCUUCCUUUCUUUAUCUGUGAUUUUGUCUAUA